GUACCUGUCUGAAAAGAAAAGGGCUCUCGUACAGACCCAUAGGCAGGACACCAUCAACGUAUGUCACUUUCUCGAGGACGCAUCAUACAAUUCACUUGAAGAAGGAUCGACAGUUCCAGACUAUUUGGAGAGUGAAGACCUUCAGAUUUCUGAGACAAAUAGCAUGGAUGAUACUUGUCGCACAGAAUUCCUUUGACCUGUAGCUUCAAGAACAAGCGUGACAGUUGGAACGAAGGAUCUGAAGGGCGGAUCCUACUAACCGUGAUGUGCGUCUGUGGCGGCCUUAGCGCCGUGAAGAGCGAUGAAUCCGGGGGCGAUAAACUUCGGUUCUCAAACAACGCCGGACCCUGAGCGCUGUAUAUAUUGGCCUUUGCCCCUACAAGAGCAAGCAACUUGUCUAUCCCUCUUACCAAGGACAUGUCCUCCAACAGUGUCGUAACCAAACUCCCGCCAGAAAUCAUCGAGCAGAUUAUCUUUUCUCUCUGGUCCCUCGACCUCACCACCACCGAACGCAUUCACCUCAUUACCUCCUCCGUCCUCGUCAAUCACGCAUGGGCAGAACUCUUCCUUCGCGUAUCCUGGCGCGACGUGUUCAUACCUACACUACCCUUCGUCAUGCAUUUCCGCCGUUUGCUCUGUGGAGAAGCAACUAGUAUUACUCGGAUUCUCAGCUUGGAUUCGGGUUUACCGAAUAUUCUAUGUCGGAGUAUUACAUUCGAUACGUCGAAACAAGGAUUGAAGGAUCCGAUGGUGGAGGCACGGGGGAACUUGGGCUUGUUCUUCCUUGGGCAUCGAGGGAUCGUUCCGGAUCUGAGGUGGAUAACGUACCGGGAUGGUACGGACGUGAAGAGGGUAGCCUUUAGGUGGGCAGUAUCCCCAGACACACGGGGGCAAUGCCGUGCAGAGAUGGGGAAAUGAGCGGUACAUUUCUGAUGAGUGUCUCCAUUUAUGCAGCUAGGAAACGUCAGCAGCCUUUUACAACGGAGGAGUUAUCAGGUACCACAACCUUAAACCCUUUCACGUUCCAAAUACUCUCGAUCCGGACUAGAGCAUCCACAGCGGUACCUUUCCAAAGGACACACGCGAGUCCGCUUCAAACUCAAAGUGCUCAAACAGUUUUUUUGAAGCAUAGAAAGGCCUUUGACGCAUUAACAGGAUGCCCCUUUUACUUCGGGUGGUCUUGGCAAUAACGAGGUAAUUUCGAAGGCGCCUUUGUAAGACGACUGGCGAGGGGAGACCGGAAGGGAUCUGUUCCUACCGACCGCCGAAGUAGACGGGGUGGGACAAGCAGCGUCGCAGGGCAUCG